AUGCCUGCAGAAAAUCGACAAGAAUUUCCCUCUCUCUCAGACUCAACGUGGGAAGACUUGGACAUUGACCAAGACGAAAUUCCUUCUGAAUUAAAGAAUCCAUUAUGUAUACCACAAGAUAGACUUGAAGAUGUGGAUUUUUUCCCACCCUUUGGAGAUGAUUUAAUUUCAUUAAGUGGAUUAUUUCAGUCACCAAAACAUAAAUCCUCCUGUUCAGGUCAAUUUUCAUCCAAGAAACACUCCAAUACCCUUUCAUUGGAUGCUUGUGAAAACAUGAACGUACCUUUGUUUUUGAAUGAUUUUCUGGGCUUCCGAGGAAACCGUAAUCCAGAAAAACUCCAUUUUCAUGGCUCUCAGAAGCAAGAAUCUGAAGAUAAAGGGAAACGGAAAGGGAAAGGGAUUUUGUACGAAUUUUUUGAACAGACCGGCGAGAAACCGGCAAUUGAAGAUGGGUAUAAAGUUACAUCUCUAAUGAACAAGAGAUGUGGGAGCAACGGACCACAAAGCCAUUCACGGAAUUCAUCGAAAGAUACGAAACUGAGGUGCACUCAUUGCCAAGCUGAGAAGACACCACAGUGGAGGAUGGGUCCAUUGGGGCCAAAGACGCUGUGUAAUGCUUGUGGCGUGCGAUUCAAAUCUGGGAGAUUAAUGCCGGAGUACCGCCCUGCAGCGAGCCCAACUUUUGAUAGUACGAAACAUUCUAAUUUUCAUAAGAAUAUAUUGCAAGAGGUAAGGGCUGGAAUUGAUAUUGGAUUGAGAGAGGGAUUUGGAGCACAUGUAGAAGAUAGCUUGGAACAUCACAAGUUCGUAUUUUAUGGAAAUAGAUGUGAAUAUUUGUGGGGAUCCUUUUCUAUAGAAGAUAGAAUAUUUAAGAGGAUAGUUUCUCCUCCUAUCAAUGAAUUUGACAGAAUUAUAAUUCUUUACUUCAGUUAA